AUGUUGAUUACGGAGAACUACCACGAUGUCAGGACCUCUUACGGGUCCACUCUGAGGAUCUACGUGUUCACGCCUAGGCUGACAGGCUACCCUUGCGCCAAGUUCCCCGGUGUGAUAGUGUACAGCGAAAUUUACCAAGUGACCGGUCCCGUACGUCGAUUUGCACAGAGGAUCGCGUCCGAGGGCUACGUCGUGGUGGCCCCCGCGAUCUACCACAACUUUGUCGGCCCGGAGCCUCUGACCUACGACGUCGAGGGCACCGACAGGGGCAACGAGUUCAAGAUCAAGAAGCCGCUGGCCUCGUACGACGAGGACAACAGGCUGUGUUGCGACUUGCUCCAGUCGCUGCCACACUUUGACGGCAAGAGGAUCGGUGCCACCGGCAUGUGUCUUGGGGGACACCUCGCUUUCAGAGCACUUCUCGACAAGCGUGUCUCGUGCGCAACGUUGUUCUUUCCGACAGACAUUCACUCCAAGACGCUCGGCCUGAACAAGAACGACGAUUCCCUCGAAAGGGUCUCGCGCGAAGCCACCAAGGACCAGGAGCUGGUGCUGAUCUUCGGCACGCUGGACACACACGUCCCGCCAGCGGGAAGAGACCUGAUCCGCCAGAGCCUCAGAGAGCAAUGUGUCAAUUUUACAUUCCUCGAGCUGAACGCCGCACAGCACGCGUUCAUCCGCGACGAGUCGAGCAAGGGCAGAUACGACGCCGCAAUCACCCAGAGCUGUCUGGGCUUUAUGUUCGAGCAGUUCAACAGAAAGCUCAAGGUCGAUCUCGGCGAGUUCGCCCAGGACAAGGAGAACGUCGAGCACGUCUGCUGA